ACGGUCUCGCCCACUCUUUGAUGAAAAUCAUUCCACUACGUCAAGUCGUCCCGUCCGCUCUGUGAAGAUGUCUGCGACGGGUUCAGGCGGCUGUGGACCGGGACCCGGACCCACCUCGGGCACCGGGUCCGGGGCUUCCAACCCCCGAAAGUUCAGCGAGAAGAUAGCGCUGCACACCCAGCGGCAGGCCGAGGAGACCGCCGCCUUCCAGGAGGUGAUGAUGGACAUCACCUCGACCAGGCUCCAGGCUCAGAAGCUCCGUCUUGCCAGGAGUCAGGGUCCGUACUACGGCGGCUCGUUACCCAACGUCAACCAGAUCGGCAGGAGCCCGCAGGACUUUCAGGGUUCCUUCCCUUCCACUCUGGAGUCCAACCGGUCGACGCGGCAUCACGGCCUGGUGGAACGAGUCCAGAGAGAUCGUCGUUUCAUCUCCCCGGUCCGACCGUACCGCAACCGACAAGUGGACAGCUCGCCAUAUAACUCCGCCUACUUGUCCCCGCCGCCCGACCCCAGCUGGAGAAGGAAUUGGCCUGGAAACUUCCCCGGGGAUAAAAGCCAGUCGUUUCAUCUCCCCACCACUGCACUCAACAGAACCAACUCUGACUCAGCCCUCCACACCAGCGUAAUGAACCCUCCCACAGGAGACCCCUUUCUCACGGGAGGCCACACCCUCACCCCCCAGAGCACCAGGCGCACAGGUCAGACUGAUGGAGAAGGCAGAAGAAUGUUUCCUUACCCGGUUCCUCCAAUUGAAGAGAACAUGUUGGACGAAGGGAAACUGCUCAAACCCUGGGACACCAAGAAGUUACCUCUGUUGACGUCCCGACCCAAGUCCUGUGAAGUCCCGGGUAUCAAUAUCUUUACAUCCCCGGAGCAGCCGUCCAUUCCCACUCACGGUGUCCCCUCGGCUCUCAACACUGGUGGCUCACUGCCCGACCUGUCCAGCCUCCACUUUCCCUCCCCACUGCCCACUCCGCUGGACCAGGACGAGCCUGGUUACCUAGGAUCCUCCUCUCUGAGCGGUGGGAGCAGCACUGGUAACCUGGCCUCCACUCUGACCCAGCUGGGUAUCAACGCUGCCAACGUACCAGGAGGCAACAGCAACUACCAUCACCACUCACAAGGUCUCCUGGCGUCUCUACAGAGCACGCUCAGUAACCCCUCCCUGCAGUCGUCGCUAAGCAACCCCAACAUCCAGUCGUCCCUCAGCAGCCACUCCUUUUCCAACUCUCUGAGCUCCGCCUCCCUGCACUCGUCACUCAGCAAUCCCUCGCUACAGUCGUCCCUAAGCUCCUCCCCCUCUCUGCCGUCCUCCCUCAGCAGCCAGUCGCUGCACUCCUCCCUCAGUAACUCCUCCCUCCAGUCGGUGUCCAGCGGUAACCCCAACUACAGCGGUGGCGGCGGUGGCAUGGGCGGCUCCGGCUCCUCCUCUUCCUCCUCCUACUCGCCGAUGCUCAGCGGCCAGGGUCAGACAUCGCUCAGCACGUCGCCGCGGAGACGAGCCCAGCUGUCGCCGCUCAUCCUGCCCAUGGGAGGGGAGUCGAGGAGGCAUCACUCCAAACAGUUCUCCCCCACCAUCUCCCCCACCCUGUCCUCCAUCACACAGGGCGUCCCACUUGACACCAGCAAACUGCCUCUGGACCAGAGGCUUCCUCCGUACCCGCUCAGUCAGUCCCACCAGCACCAGCCAGGCUCGCACCAGCCUCUCCCCAGUCUGCCAGGCUCGCAGCCUGGACAGCAGCCUCCUGCGCUGGCUCAGCACCACCACCAGCAGAUGCACCGCCUCCAGCAGACGCGACCCAACGCCCAGCAGCAGCAGCAGCAACCCAUGCAGCAGCUGCACCUGCAGAACCUGCGCAACCAGCACAUGCAUCAGCACUUUGGAACGAAGCAGAUGGGACAGCAGAUGAACAUGACCAACACACCGUUGAUCAAGAACGAGAAUGCGCUGGAUCAGUGUGUCCAGAGCUCCUCGAUGUCGUCGCAGUGUCACGUCAAACAGGAAGCAGAGCAGCAGCAGCAGCAGCAGCAGCAGCAACAGCAGCAGCAACAGCAACAGCAACAGCAACAGCAGCAGCAGCAUCAGCAGCAGCAUCAGCAGCAGCAGCAGAGAGUCAGUGGCCUCCCGCAGCUCCAGCAGAUCAGCCACAGCCUCGCCACUGACCUCUACAACGACGCUUUGUUCAGCUCUCUGCUUGACGACCCGUACCUGAGUCUGCAGCUCUCCAGCAAAUCCAGCAACCAGCAGUUCACGGCUGAGAACCAGGGCGACGGUUUGUCUCUGAACCACGGCGGCGUGAGCCGCGGCAACGCCGACAAGAACCAGUUCCCCUCCAACACCCAGGGCACCAUGGGCCUGCAGGACCACGGCGACCAGCAGCUCCUCAACAACCAGAACCAGAACUACAGCGGAGACGGACGACACAAUGUCCCCAACAUCAUCCUCACAGGAGAUUCACCUCCAGGUCUGUCCAAAGAGAUCGCCAGCGCUCUGUCCCACGUCCCCGGCUUCGAGAUGGACCCGUUCUCCCUGGACGACCCGCUCAGGAUGGACCACCUCGCUCUGGACAUGCUUGAAGGUGACCUGAUGCUCGCCGACCCGGCCGUGGAGGACUCUUUCCGAUCCGACCGGUUAAAGUGACCCCUCCUGGCCCCGCCACCGCCGCACCCGUACGCUUCAACGCUCCGCAGAGCGAGGUUUGGACACCACGGACGAAAUCUCUCUGACGAAGUCUCGGAGAAACGGACGCCAAGGUUUUCAGUGGUGGAUUGAACUGAUGGAGGCGGAGCUUUUCCAUCGAAGGCGGAGCUUUUCCAUCGAAGGCACUUAAACUGAAAACGCUCUCGCAAUGCUUGAAAAACCAAGUCGCUUCUCUUUCCUUCUCUCUCUCUGUUUUUCGGCAUUAGCUUGUACGAGUCUCGUCUGCACGUUAACGAAAAAAAAUAAUGCAAAAGACUGAACUGUGUGUGUGUGUGUGUGUGUGUGCGUGCGUGUGUGAAUAAACAGGUUUACGUCGCUCCACCCCCCCGGCGGCCAUGUUGGCCGUCGCAUUACACGGGAAAGAAGAUUGGUUUGGACAAAUUCACCCGCCCUCUGAACCCCACCCCCCUCCCCAGAAAAACUGCCAUUCUACGUCAGACAUGGCCGGCACCGUGGCGUCCAGCGCGUCCUCCGUGUCCUCAGCGUCCAUGUCCUCUGCUUUAAUCGCCACUUUGACAGGAAGUCAGCCAUGAUUAUAGAUUUCUAUAUUUAAGAUAAAUAUAAAUAUAUGUGAUGUCACACAACAGUGGCCUGGAAGAGUCUGCGAUAUUUUUUUUUUCCGACCAGAAAAGAUGUCACGUGACACAAUGAUGUCAUCGAAGCAGCUUUAAGAACAACACUGUGAUCACAGCGUCGUUUU